AUGCAUCUCGGAGAUGGCGACUUCCUCAAGAUAGUGAUUGGACACCGUGAAGGAAGUCCUGCCUGCAGCGAAACUGACAUCUCAUCUUUCUCUCUCGAAAGUGACACUGGAGAAGUUGAUUCGAUUAGUGCAUUGCAGACAUGUCACCAACCUCAUGUUUCUAUGCCCAGCUUUGCCGAUGCUGAUCCGCCGUCUUUUCAGGCCGUGUGUAUCUCCGGCAGCUGUGAAACUUUCCAUGGCCAACCACGUGUACAAAGCAUGAACGAACCCUUCUCUUUCUUUGCGAGCCAAGACAGCAACCGGGCUCGUGAACAGCCAGGAAGACCACCAAGGGUUGAAAGCCCACUAUGGCAACAAGAGAUCUGGGAUCUGCUCUGUGACGAAGGAGCCACUGAAAUGGAAGAAGAAGGACCUAUCAUCUAUGUGCGUUCUUUCUUCAUUUCACACAUCAAUACGCCAAUCAACAGGGUCUCCAGACCUUUGAGAUUUGAUGUUGAACAUGAAACAUGGGAGGCCAGUGUGCGCUUCAUGUGGGAAGAUUUUGUGGAUCCGCAGGCGCCUCUGGAGCUCUUUAUCGCACAUCCUGAUCCUCCAACCACCAUUUUUGAAGGGACGGUUGCCACUGUCGUUGUUGUACAGCAUCCAGUACCCCACAAAGCUGCGAUUGUGAUCACAGCUCUUCCUGAUGCUCCAGAAGUUAGACACGCUCGACAUGUGGCACUCUCGGCCGAUCCUGCAGUGACCCAGGCCCAGUUGGUAGCUGCAGCUGAAGUGCAGGAUCUUUGCAACACUCCAGGCUGUUCAACUUGGAUUGGGUCCCGAGAACUUCCUGUUGAUGAGCACAUCAGAACACAUGAUGGACUAGGACUUCAGAUCAAGAUUCCUGCCCAACGACUUGAUAUGACGCAGCGUAGCACUGACCUUAUUGCUGCACAUUCGUUACAAGCAGUUGGCCAACAUGACAAUGGAAUACCAUGGGAUCUUCACGAACAUGACGAAUUUGUCCAAGAUCUCUUCGAGGCAUGGAACCAAGUCGAGGGUCAGGCUUUUUUCCAAUUUGCACGAAUGGCGCAUGCAGAUUUGGCAGGUGGAGCCUCCCACGCAUUCGACAUGCCCUCGGCCAAAGAGCAGCACUGGAGUAUAGAUAGCUAUGCCAAACCAACUGCUUGCGCGACAAAACCCAACAUCGAGCUUAGACUCCCUGACAGACCUUGCAGUGGAAGCCAAGACCAGAGAGCAGAGCCACCUCAACAGCUGACGCCUGUGCCCAUUCCGGUCAGCGGUGAGUGGUUGAUUAGGAAACUGGCAUUUCAGCAAGCCUGCCAGGUUCAUAGAUGCCUGCUUUUCCACCGUUGGAAUGAAAUUCCCUUGUCGGCAGAGCCUGUCCAUGAGAUGUCCAAUGGUGAUGGUUUUGAUCUGCAUGUUUAUCGGAACGGACUCGGACAGCAACCUCCACAGCAGCAACAGCAGCCACCACAGCACCUGCAGGAAGACGAAGCAGGCCCAGCGGAAGGCCCAGUGCUCCUGCAGCUCCACAGCAUUCUGCAGCUUGACAAAGUUCCUCCCACUGAUUCCACAGUCGAGUUAGACGGUCAGUCCAUUGGUGGAAAUUCUCUGGAGUAUCCCAUUCGUCUCAUCGGCCUAGGUGACCUUCAGGGUCAACUGCCUUCUUUUGUCACCACUGUGGAUGUGCCAACGGAAGUCAGUGUCCAGCAGGAAUUGCGUUGUUUCGGUCAUGCAUGUACAGUUGUAGUUGCCUCCAACCACACGCUUGCGGUUUGUAUCCCAGAGCGAUGGCCUUUCGAGGAGGACAAACUUCUGCUCAUGUUCACUGAUAUGCAGCAAACGCUUCCGGAUGAGCACUCGGCCUUUCUGACGCUGACUGAACAAUUGGAUUUCUCAGAGGUCCAAUUGAUGUCAUUACUAUAUAAAUUUGGAUACGAGAAAGCGGUCAUUGGUGCAAAGAGACAGUACCAUGCCACGUUUCUGGAAAUCACUUUUCAACAAGCUCGGGGAACGCUUGAAUCUGUUCCUCAGACAGCCAAGCUUCAGAAACCAUGGCCGGCAAGACCCAUCGGUGACAGAACCAAAUCUGGUCCCAUGUGGAAUGCACACAUGACCGCCACAAACCCAACAUGUCUUCUUGACCUAGGACUGUCCAAUGAAGAAUUGAAUGCUUUUUUCAACUGCGAAACUGACUAUUUGUGCCACAUUACGGAAGGCUUGCCGCUUCUGCCAGUGACUAAUGAAGCCAUUGCCGAUUUGAAGCAGCAUUCGCAAUUUGACCGUUUAGUCGUUUAUGCAGAUGGAUCGUCCCAAUCAAGGCACAAACAUGUAGCACCUGCACUGAAUGAAGAGCUAGACGUGCCAGACGCAUGGAGUUUUGUGGUUUUGGGAGAAACCUUUAUGGACAAUUCCACGUCUGAAUGCACUCUGUUGGGAUGGCACGCCCAUCAGGUCCGCUACGAUCCCCAGCAUCCGUGGCAUAUCGGCGCCCACCAUGUCGGAUCAUCCAUCGCAGAGCGUGAAGCACUAACUUGGGCUUUCAUCUGGAGACUUGGGCUCAAUAGCUGCCUCCCCACUGUGUUUCGUAGCGGUUCCCUUUUAACAAUUGGACAGGCAGAAGGCUCCAUUGGCCCAGCCAGCUGCGAUCAGUCGUUCCAAUCCUUGCGAGGUUGCUAUCAAAUUCUGAAAGCUGCUCUCGGAGACGACGUUGAACUCGAUCAUGUCUUCGGACACCUUGCCGAGCCAUGGAAUGAAAUGACAGAUGCACUUGCGAAGCAAGAGGCCAGAUCAAGUUUCUUCUUGCCCAGGCCAAAAAUUGAUAUUCCCAAGCUAUUGCCGAAGAUUCCUUUUCUUUGGAUGAUCUUUGAUCGCCAUCAUGGUUUGCCGUUUUUCACGGGCACAGGGUUUGACAUCAGAGCUCCGGCACUUCCCCCAAAAAUGCCGCCAGCACCACAAGCCACGCCAGUCACGCAGCCAAGCAAGACUGUUGUGUACAAAAUGAGCCUAGCCACAGCCAAUGUGCAGUCCGUUGGAGCGGCCGAUCAAGGUUUUGCAGGCAAGCUGGGCUACCUCAGAGAGCAAUUUGUCUCCUUGCACCUCAACCUCUUUGGGAUCCAGGAGUCACGCUCUUCGGAAGGGGUGUCAGUGAAACAAGGGGUCUUAGCCUUUGUUCCGGAAGCCUACAAGGAAAGUUGGUGGGAAGAGACAAAGGAGAUCUUGCUUCGUUCAUUGUUUCCGGGAGAGCAAUUCUUCAUGUGCAUUGAUGCCAACGCUGCUCCGGGCGAAAAGAUCAACCUGUCCUUCAACUAUGGCACUUCGCUGCGGAUUGGGAGACUUGCACCACUGCCUUUGAUCAAGGAUGAGAAAGGAGAAUUCUGCCGAACAGCUGAAGAUGCGUUGCACCGCUGGAUUACCUUCUUCGGCAACAUGGAAGGCUUUGCCACAGGAGUGCUCCUUGAUAGUUUCAAGAGCUAUGCGAUGACACCAAAUCUACAGCCAGGCAAGACUGCAGUGCUCAUCUCCCCUCGGGGACCAGGCACAAACCAUUGGAAACGGAAGAUGUUUGGCCCCAUGUCAGAUGGAUGCUUCCUGAAAGAAAUCAAGACACGACUUGGACAAGCCCAUCAAGAGUUCAAUAGACACAGGAAGUUGCUUUAUCAAAACCGGCACUUCCAGAUGGACAAGAAGAAGGAGCUCUUUCAAAGCUUGAUUUUGAGCCGCCUCCUUUUCGGUUCGGAGACGUGGACAUUCUCAGACCAGAAAACAAGGGAAUACCUGCAUGGAGGAAUCAUGAGUCUCCUGAAACGUCUCCUGCACCAACCUGGACACUGUCCAAUUUCUGAUGAGGAAGUUUUGUACAGAACCAGAAUGCCCUCGCCUACCAUCAUGCUGCGAACCCGCAGACUGCGUUAUUUGGGUUCACUGUUUGCUGUUGGUGAUACCGCUUGCUGGGGGCUGCUCAAUCAAGACCGAGAAUGGCUGUCACUUGUCCUUGAUGAUUUUCGAUGGCUCUGGCAUCAACUUCACCAUUGUUGCAAGUUGGGCGACCCUGCCGCCCACCUGCCCAGAUGGUUGGAAGUGAUAAGAUUUCACCGCGGUUAUUGGAAACGACUGAUUCGCAGAGCGACGGAACACUCCAUAGGCAUUCAAGACCGUGAGUAUCUUGUUGCUACUACACAUCAGCGGUUCCUUGACAAUUUAGCAAGUGGACACUUUGUGGAACUAGCAUCGCAAGAGACAUUCAGCCAACGCUUAUCUCCACAAGCAUACGGUUGCAUGCAAUGCCAGAAAGCCUGCCGCUCCCUAGGCGGAGAAGGAGCCCACAUGCACAGAACACAUGGAGAAGCACAUCCAGUCAGACGCCUGAUGGGUAGCACGCAAUGUGCUGCCUGCCUGACGGAAUACUAUACCAUGGGCAAGCUCAAGAUGCACCUCAUUAGAUCGUCUCAAUGUCGAACAACAUUGAUGGGACGUGGACACCUUGAACCUACCCAGCCAGGUAUCGGCUCAAUUGAAGACACAGUCAGAUGGAUGCAAUGGGACAACAAACUGCCGCCAUUGGCCGCAGAAGGACCUCAACCUCCUGCGGCUCCAAGAAGGGACUUCGAUGUGGAGCACCCAGAGCUCUAUGAGGAAAUCAUUUUGAGCAUCAUGGAGAUUGACACAGAGGCCUAUGAGAACCAUGUACGUCAUUGCAUCCGCAGACACCCUAUUUCAUGGACUAGGUGCAGGAGGACAUUGCUUGACGCCCAUCGACAAUGUGCCGAAGGUUUUUUGGACGUGGACCCAGCCCAUAUGCGCUCCUGUCUGGCGACUUUGCAACGCCUCUCCCAGGCUGAUGCAUGGCCCUUUCUUGCAGCCUUGCACUGUAGCGCACAGCCGACAUUGCCACCUCAGGACGAGAUUGACAGCCGCAUUGAAGCCGCGCAGAUCCUGCACGACAGACUUGCGAUCCCGCCACCAUUAGGCAAGGAACGAGUCUUUCUACAUGCAUUUUCGGGAAGACGCCGUCCAGGGGAUCUUCAGCAUUAUCUGGAAGCGGCGUUUGCCCGCCAUUCCGAUGGGGUCUUGCUACACGUGGUUUCUAUGGAUAUAGUCAUAGACAAAGAAUGGGGUGACGCAUGCAGACAGACCACUCGCGACUUCUGGCUGCGUGGAGCGCUUUCUGGCUUUGUGCAAGGCGGCCUGUGCGGCCCGCCCUGCGAGACGUGGAGUCAAGCGAGAUUUGUCGAUCUUGGAGAAGCUGAUGAACGACAACCUAGACCACUCAGGUCCUUGGAGUGGCUCUGGGGCCUCCCGUCAUUGUCCUUGCGAGAAAUGGGACAGGUUGAGGUGGGCAACGAGUUGCUGCUCUUUGCCAUUGAUCUGCUCAUUUGCUUGGCCCGAUCUGAGGGGGUAGGAGUUUUAGAGCAUCCAGGAGAGCCAACAGAUGAGACCAAACCAUCCAUUUGGCGUUUACCAAUAAUUCAGCUCCUGCGUCAACUGCCCGGUUUCGAUUUUGUGGAUUUCGCACAGGGGCUUCUUGGAGCGAAGUCUCCAAAGCCCACAAGAUUCCUUUCUUUGAAUAUGGGCAGCUUGCCGGGUUUUUUGCACAGUCAUCGCCUGUGUCCUGAUUUGCCACGGAAUGCAGCGAUCGGCAAGACAGUCGAAGGUCAAUGGGCCACGACUAGUCUCAAAGAAUACCCACCGGCUUUAAACAAAGCCUUGGGCGAAAGCUUUGCCUUCCACCUUCUGCAGCGCCCGUACCAACAGAACACUGUGAUUGAUGAGGAAUUUCUUGAUCGUUGUCGCUCCAUGCAUGUUAAGGACUUUGGGGAGCAUUACGGUCCCGACUACUGUCAUCAACACAGAUAG